UGACAGCAUUAACGAAUCUUUAGUUCCAAAGAUCACAUAUUUUCUAGAUCUAACUACCUAACAAGAUGAUAAACAAUGCCACGGUUUGAAAAAAAAAUCGUCGAAAGCAUUAUAAAUUUUAUAUUGAUUGCAUUGGUUGUGCUUGUCUGGUGUUUUGUUAUAGCAGCAGGAAGGCAAGCUUCCGCAAGGUAUAUGUUAACUCGCUAAAAGUGGACUGACCAUGGAAGUCAAAAGUGAAAACUAUGCCAUGCUAAGCAACUUUGAAGUUCUUGGCUUACUGAGAGACAUCCAAGCUGGUAGAGGCCAGAAAAAGCCAAAUAAAUAUCAGUCCAAUCUGGCCACCAUCACCUACGAAACAAUCAAGUGUUUGGAAAACUGGCCUUGCUCACACCAUUCUGCAGAAGGCAUCACCCAGGUCAUGAAGGCUCUGUCCAAGUUCAAACUGACCCCUGCGGAAAAGCUACAGCUCAUUAACCUCCGACCCAGCACAGCAGUUGAGAUUCAGCUUGUGGUGGAGGAGAGUGAGGAAAGGCUCACAGAGUCGCAGAUUGAAGAACUUUUAGAUCUAAUAGCCACCUACUUACCUGGCAAUGAAGCAGAGAAAGAAGAUGAAGGUGAAGUGAUGGAUGAAGAAAAUGACAUUGAAGAAGACCAAGGCUAAUCAAUACUUUUAGAUUACAAUGUCUAUUGUAUCUCUUUUUUCUGUAUUUUAUUUUUUUUUCUAUCUAACUGAUAGUGUACAAAAUCUAUUUAUGUAAUAAAUAUAUUAUUUUUAAUCA